AUCCCGACCUGGCUCUCCAAUCUAACCGGGUUGGUUCUAUUGGACUUGUCGUCGAACUCGCUCACCGGCCAAAUUCCUAGCGGAAUUUGGAGGAUUCCCAAACUGGAGCAGUUAUAUUUGUUUUAUAACAAUCUAUCCGGACCAAUCGUCAUCGACGGAUCGAUCGCCCUGGGCUUUCAAGUGAUCGAUGUGUCCAUCAACAAAAUCAAUGGUUCUAUCCCUGAAGAAUUCGGGAACUUGCAGAACCUCUCUGAUCUCUUCUUGUACUACAACCAAUUCUCCGGCGAGAUACCGGCCAGCAUCGGCCGCCUCCCGUCUUUGAGAGAUCUCCGUCUCUUCCACAACUCGUUGACCGGCGUCCUGCCUCCGGAAUUGGGGAAUCACUCGCCGCUGUGGAACUUCGAGGUCUGGGACAACAGGAUAUCCGGCGAAAUCCCUGAAGGGCUGUGCAACGGCGGCGAGUUGAAUUCCAUCUUGCUCUACAAUAACAGUAUGAGCGGGCGGAUCCCGCCGUCCAUCAGCAAAUGCUCCAAGCUCAAUAAUAUCCAGUUGUAUGGAAAUCACUUCACCGGCGAUGUUCCGGCCGGGCUGUGGUCGGCGGUGAAUCUGACUAUUGUGAUCCUGCGGGAUAACUCUUUCUCUGGCGAAAUCCCGAGCUCGCUCCCAUGGAACCUGACGAGGUUGGACAUCAGCAACAACCGGUUCAGCGGCCAGAUCCCGAGCUCUGCCUACAACCUCUUGGUGUUCAACGCGAGGAACAACGCCUUCUCUGGCCACCUCCCGACGAGCAUGGCUGGGCUGCCGAGUCUCCAAACGCUCGCCCUCGGUGGCAACGCAAUCGGCGGAAGCAUCCCGGCAGAUAUAUCGGUGCUGAGAUAUCUCACGGAGCUCGAUCUCAGCCGCAAUCAGCUCAGCGGCGAGAUCCCGUCGUCGAUUGGGGAUCUUGUAGUGCUCAAUUCACUCGAUCUGUCCGUGAACCAGCUCACCGGUUCGAUCCCCUCGGCGAUGGGCGGCCUCAGGUUCUCCUUCCUGAACCUCUCCUCCAACAGCUUCACCGGCGAAAUCCCGGCAGCGCUACAGAGUGGGGCGUACGACCGCAGCUUCCUUGCGAGCCAUGGGCUCUGCGCCGCCAGUGGCGGCGUUCUUCUCAACGUGCCCGCCUGCCACCGCGGCGGCAGCGGUUCCGGCGGACUCGCCCACCGACUCCACAUCCUCUUCUUUACCCUGGGCGCGGCCGUGUUACUGAUGGCGGCGGUCUUCGCGGCCUUCGUCUACAGGGACCAGAAGAAGCGUAGGAGAUCUGCCGGACGCUACGACGACGACGACCUCUCUCAUUGGAAGCUGACCUCGUUCCAGGCGGUGGACUUCACCGAAUCCAACAUCCUCCGUGGCAUGAAGGAGGAGAACGCGAUCGGCAGUGGAGGCGCUGGGCAGGUCUACAAAGUCGCCCUGGGUAACCGCGCCGGCGAGGUCGUGGCGGUGAAGAAAAUCUGGAACACCAAGAGGCUGAGCAACAAGCUCGAAAAGAGCUUCCUCGCCGAGGUGGAGAUUCUCGGCUCCAUUCGCCACAAGAACAUCGUCAGGCUCCUCUGCUGCAUCUCCAGCGCUGACUCGAAGCUGCUCGUCUACGAGUUCAUGGAGAACCAGAGCCUCGACAAGUGGCUACACGGAAACCGGGGGCCCCUGGACUGGCCGCGACGGCUCGAUAUCGCCAUCGGAGCUGCUCGAGGACUCAGCUACAUGCACCAUGAAUGCUUGCCGCCGGUCAUUCACCGCGACGUCAAGUCAAGCAACAUACUUCUCGAUCCCGACUUCGACGCCCGGAUCGCCGACUUCGGGCUCGCUCGGCUGCUGGUUAGGCCCGGCGAGCCCGAGACGGUCUCCAUCAUCGCCGGUUCCUUCGGCUACAUGGCCCCUGAAUGUGGUUACUCGAGGCGAUUGAACGAGAAAGUGGACGUGUUCAGCUUCGGCGUUGUUCUUCUCGAGCUGACGACCGGAAGAGAAGCGAACAACGACGGCGCGGAGUGCAACUUAGCGGAGUGGGCGUGGAUGCAGUUCCAAGAAGGCAGGAAUCUGAGCGAGGUCGUCGACCCGACGAUGGGAGACGACUCGCCGUACACGGAGGACGUCACGACCGUCUUCAAGCUGGGUCUCCUCUGCACCGAUACUUUACCUUCGAGACGUCCCACCAUGAAGGAUGUCUUGCAGAUGUUGCUAGAGUGCAACCGGCCGUGGGCCGCCGGAGGAAAGGCUGACAGCAUUCGAGCGCCGCACCUCCCGUCGCAGAUCAAGUCCGGUAGUCAACGCAAAGAGUCAACCAUUGUUGACGAAGUGGACGAUGACACGAUUGCGAUCAAGGUUUGGGGCGAAGAGGAAGAGAGAUAGCUGCAGAGGAGAUUCAGAAAUUGCGAGAGGAGCUUAAGAAUUUAGGGUUUCAGUCCCGAAACCUACUAAAAGGGGCUACCGCACUUUCCUCAAGGUUCACAAACACUUGCAACUAUUCGCAAAAGGGGCUUAAACCUUGUGUUCGUUCGUCCCAAUAGGAAGUCUUGAACAUAAUCUGUGAAGUUUUCAGAUCAUCUUAACACACCA